CGCAGUGUGACCGUCCUCUGGAUCAGCCGUGGCUACUGUAGCUUUCUUAUGCAAGCCUAGGUUGUUGUUUUUUUUUUUUUUUGUGUGGUGUCGCUUUCUGCUGUUUGCUGCAGCAUUUGCUUGCUCAGGCUGCAGUACCGCCCCGUGGCCACCAGAGGCAGCAGCGUCCACGUCUUUCUUUUUUUUUUCCCUCCAUGGUUUCUCCUCCUCGCUCUUGUGAGUAACUUGGCGUUCGGUCUCAGCAGCUUCCACACGUUUCCUAUACGGACAGCGCUCACAUUCUCUCCCUCCAUUAAGGGCACCUCGAACUGCUUUUUUUUUUUUUUUUGCUGUGAAGCCUCCCACCCCAACUUUUAUUUCUCGGCUGGAUCACCUAGAAAAGCGGCCAGGGCGGGGGGAGACAGCUAUCUAUCGUAGAGCCACAGACGAGAGAGCGGCGGACGAGCGACUCGAGAGAAAACCAAGAUGGACAUGAAAAAGCGAAUUCACCUGGAGCUGAGGAACAGGACGCCGUCUGAUGUACGAGAACUGGUACUUGACAACUGCAGAGCACGAGAAUUCAAAAUUGAGGGUCUAACAGCAGAGUUUGUCAAUCUAGAGUUCCUCAGCCUAAUAAAUGUCAUGUUGAUGUCUGUUUCAACCCUUCCAAAACUACCCAAGUUAAAAAAGCUUGAAUUAAGUGACAAUAGAAUCUCGGGAGGUCUGGAUGUAUUAGCAGAGAAACUUCCCAACCUCACACAUCUAAAUCUCAGUGGAAAUAAAUUAAAAGACAUUAGCACAUUGGAACCUCUGAAAAAAUUGGAACAUUUGAAGAGUCUUGACCUGUUUAACUGUGAAGUAACAAACUUAAAUGACUACAGAGAAAGUGUAUUCAAACUCCUCCCUCAGCUGACGUACUUGGAUGGAUAUGACAGAGACGAUAAGGAAGCACCAGACUCUGAUGCAGAGGCUGAUGGAGAUGGUGUCGAUGAGGAGGAGGAAGAUGAAGAAGGGGAAGAGGAAGAUGAUGACGAAGAGGAGGAAGGUGAAGAGGAAGAAGAUAUAGAUGAGGAGGAGGAAGAUGAUGAAGAUGAAGAAGAGGUUGGGGAAGAAGAUGAAGAAGAGGACGGUAGUGGCGAAGAAGAGGAUGAGGAAUUUGGACAUGAUGGAGAAGUAGAUGAUGAAGAGGAGGAUGAAGAAGAAGAUGAAGAAGAAGAAGCUGGAAAAGGAGAAAAGCGGAAGAGGGACACAGAUGAUGAAGGUGAUGAAGAGGAUGAUUAAAUUUGUAUAAGGAAAAAAGAAAGAAAAUAUUGAAAAGGACCGUAUUGGAUUACACAGUAUUGAUUAAACUGGCCCCAUCAAUGGAUUACUGAAAAGCAAGCUGGAAGUGAAAUGUAACAAUUAAAACAAGCCCCAUCCC